CCUUUCCCCGCAAAACCUCGAAUUUUGAAGGGGACAAAGCAAACUUGAAGAUUGAAACACAACAUCUCAUGCAUGGAUUUUACUGACAUUGACCCCUCUGAGAUAACAUUUAAGCGAAAACUUUUCAGCUCAGAAUUCUCAGAAAUAUUCCUUGUUCAUAUUCGUAACAAGAUAUGUGUAAUGAAAGUGCAUCAUGACAAUGGGCCAGUCCAGCCCGCAUCUCCUGAGCGCGAAACAAACCUUCACAUCUGCGAAUCAACUGCCUACAGACAACUAAUGAAGCACGGCCUUUGCAACCGCGGAAUUGUGCCUCAGUUCUAUGGGACAAUGGAACAGAUGGACUUAUCACACUAUCAACCUCACCUGAAGAUGUUUCUUAAUGACAAGAAUCCUCCUAGUGCCAUCCUCUUGGAGUAUAUUCCAAAAAUGGAGAUGAUCUAUCCUCACAAUUUUACAAAGGAGCGGGGAGAGGCUUUGAUCCGUGGCAUCCAAGAGAUUCACAGAGCAUUGGUUCUGCAUUGCGACGCCAAACCGAGGAACAUGAUGAUUGUCAGGAAUGACCCUGAAAGAGUGGUCUGGUUGGACUUUGACAGAGCUCAGACCUAUCACGCAGAUAGCCUUACUGAGAGACAAUGAGGAUUUAUUGAGGAUGAAGAGCUAAUGGUGUCUCAACUUGCAGAUUCACUAGAAGCUGAUCAUGCACGAGGCGAGAUUGCUGAGACUUAUCUCUACUAUUGCACCUAGCCAAUUUUCUCUGCAUUGGGAUAGGAAUGCACUUGCGGAGAUGGUGCGAUAACCUUUCAGUACUGCAGUGUGAGGAAUAGCAUUCAAUGAUUGAUGGAAAUAUUGGUAGAUCAUUGAAGGGGCCAUAGUUUUUAAAAGUCCAAACCAUGAACAUAGGGUCUGGUGGCUCAGGAUGGCGACUCUGUAAUUUUAUUUUAUUUUUUUUUUUUUUAAAAAAAAAAAAAAACUUGGGCCUCGUUCCUAUCAAUAUUUUCAACAAUUUUGUGGCAGAUUGUCUCCGUCGACAUCGCUAAACAUUGCCCUGGUGUGGCUGUUAUCGUUUUCAUCUUUGACUUGGCAUCCAAACUCCGGGAUGUGCUAUAGAAUCUGGUGAGGAGGGAAAUUCGUUUGGGGACAGCAUUCUGUGAGGAUGCUGGGUAUUUCCACUGCAUCCGCUUGCAUCACCCAUACAAAUGACCCGAAUUCCCGCCCAAACACCCAAGUAGCCCUAAGUUUUUUUUGCGAUUACCGGUCUCAGAGGGUCCAUAACGUCCAUUAAAAAGCUCCUGAAAACCAAUAUACCUUUGGACUGCGGCCACCUCUAGAUAUUUAUUAGUGUUCAAACUUAUUCCCAUCUUUUUUCAUGAAAUAUUUGCUGGGGCUUAUAUAUCCUUGUGAUCAUCUAGCGAUUUAGUAAGCUGUCUAAGUGGAGUGGACAUUCUAUUCAAUUAGAGCUCAACUAUCAUCGCCUCAAUGUAGGAUCAUAUAACUUUUUUGGGCCUUGCGGCAUUCCAACAAUCUCAUAAGUACACCCCGUAUGACUUUCCAGAAAAUCAAUUUCUUCGUCAAAGAUGCUAUAUUAAAAGACAAAACAAAGAGCAAUUCAUGCUAUCAAUACGCAGAAUCUUUACUAGUUUACAGCAUCUGAGUUAUCCUGUGCUUGCUGAAGUGUUCCAAUCAUGUUCUGGGAUAGGUUGAAAUUUUGUUUCUUCCACCGUCCGCCGUCUAGAAAGAAAAGGCGCCGUAAUCGGUUGACGCAAGGGAUCAAUGAGUCUUCGUAGUGGUCUUAUUGUCGCUAUCUGGAGCAGACCCCGCACGUCGCUUCCGGCCUGAACUGCUUGUGCUCAUUGAUUGAUAAAAAGGGGUACGAGGAUCUGGGAACUGAGCUGAUGUGUCAGCAUGAGUGCCAUGGUGUGGUGGUCACGAUGAUGAUAGCUACUGAGGGGUGAUACAUCGCGCUCCACAUGGGCAACCUGUGUUCUAUUGUUAAUAUUGAAGAGUAAGUUAAUAGUUAACUAAUUAUCAUAACCCGCAUACGAAUCCUUCCCGCUCGACUUCAAAUCCAAAGCACAAUGCAUGCCAAUGGGCGCGAAAGAGCUCAACAAUGACUUGUUUGUCUGUCUCAAGCCUACUCUAUACUUUUCCCAUCGUGAUGACGAAAUUGGAGGGGCCCGA